ACAGCAUCAACAACAAGUUGUGUGUACCAGGGGUAGGAAGCAGCUUUCUUCGGUCGAAUAAUGCCGAUGAUAUGAUCAAGAGUUACAGUUGUUGUUAUGGAGAGAAUAUUGAAAAUAUCUUCGUGAAAGCUUCAAGAACUUGUUACGUCUGAUUUAAGUCAGUCCAAAUAUCAUUUCCAGCAUUACCACUAUGACCUUAACGGCCUUUAUAGUGGCACUGUUAACUCAGGCCCUUCAUUAUAAAGCGUAAAAGGAAGUUAGUAGUUUUGAAUUAUUUUCAUUUUGAUAACCAGCAUGUUCGCCGAUUGGAUUUCGUUGCGUUCUAAUGUCGAAGACGACUUUGGUGUUAAAAGCGUCUUGCAGAAUUAUCCUCCAAAUGUUGGGAAAGAUGUUGCAACAAACAUCGUGCAUAGUUUACAGUACAGUGAUAAAGUAAAGGCCCUGCAAACGAAAGAGCAGCUUGAAUGGACGAUGGAAGUUAUUUGUUUUGGACUUACAAUGCCAAUGACAGAAAUUGAACUCAUAAGGAACUGUGCUUAUUUGUAUUUGGAUUGGGCUGCUGUGAUAUCAAAUUCAAGUAAAAAUAAUAUCCCAAAGCCUAUAAUUGAGGAGAAAGAGUUUUAUUUUAAAAAGAUUCUUAAGCAUUUAACCAACCUUUUCAUGCCAAGAGAAAGCUCUUCAUCACCAGAGCAAGCAAAACUCUGCAGCCAAGUCAUUUUUCAUAUCCGUGCACUUGUCACUAAUGAAAAUCAUUUGAAGGAAGAAAUUUGGGAAGAUUUACUCAUCUUUUUUCUUGGUAUCACUGGCCACUUACUGUCACCACCACCUUUUCCACAUGGACUUGCUGAACAUCUUUGUGAUCAGCUUGUUAAUUCACUGUUUUUUGUAUGGCUUCUGGCAGCUGGAAACAAGUUUCCUUCACCACCUUUAUGGGUCACAUUGCAAGAUUUUUGUCUGUCAUGGCGACAUCAUCAAACACUGAUUGCCCAAUGGAACAAACUCAUGUGUUCAUUAACAAACAAGGUCCUUCACAUUCUCUAUGGCCCACAUUGUCUUCCUGAAGAUAAAUUAAAGGAAGAGGAUAGGUUUACGAUUCCACAUGGCCUUGAUGCAGAAAUUGUUGUUCAAUGCUGGUUCAGGUUCCUCCAUAUUCUUGGUAGCCCUGUUGUAUUGUCAUCCCCAGAGAAAAUAUCAAGCACACAACAUUUUAUGCAGUAUGCAUUAGAGCAAGGUACAUCUCCAAGUGAGCAUACCUCUUUAAGAUCACUACCUGGGAGUUUUCUUAAAGCCAUGAAAGGAGUUUCAAUUCUUACUGAUAUGUUCCUUGAUGUGAGAUAUAUAAAACAUGGAGUUCGUUUGGAAACUCAAGGUACAAGAUUAGAGAACUUUGAUAGCUCUAAAAGCCAAGAUGCUAGGGGCGCAACACUUUCACCUAGUCCAUCUUUGGAUAUGUUGGCUUCCAUAUUGACUGUUCCAGGUCCACUUUCACCUGCAGAUGCAGAGGGGAAAUCUUUCUCAGAUUUAGAGCAAGAAAAGGCACAGACAAAGCAAGGCUAUGUAGGUCCUGGAGUCAAUAGCAUAUUGCACAUUUUUGGUGCAUGGCUUUUUGAUGCAACUCUAUCUGGAGUGGAUUUGAAUAAAGUAUUGAUUUCAUUUGCUUUCCAUUCAAGAGAGCUUGUGUCACCAACCUCCUCAUUAUCAAAAAGGUUCACACCAAAGAAGGAUGAAUUCCAACAUGGACGAGCUGAGGCAUUUGCAAUCCUAUGUCAUAUAUUUUCAUCCCAGAGAGCUGGGGAGAAUAUUUUACCAGUUUAUCUUGGUAGAUUUUACUUGAGUUUGGCUGUUGGACUGUGCUAUAAAGUGACUCUUGCUGGUCAUGUUUUGAGCAGCAUCUUAAUGAGUGCUGAAAACAUUCUGAGGAUUGACUUGCAAGGUGUGCAAGUGCUCAUACCACACAUCAUCACAGCACUAGACAUCACAUUGCCUGUUCAAGAAAAGGAGCUAAAUCUUGGCAAUCACUAUCCUUCAGUUUUGCUGAAAAGAUCAAGCAUACAACUGUUACUCUCAAUGGUUUGCUUGCCGCUGCACUUUCUUUCCCUUACAAUCGAAUCAAUUUGGGAAAAUUCGUCAAAUCCUGAGCCAACAGAACGUCUAACAUUCUUAUCAUUGAAACCACGUUUGACUGCACUGCUGAUUCUUGCUUUGGACGUUGAAACAGACCCUCUCAACAUCCAGAUGCUUCUUGGAGGCGCGAUGUUGCUGGUACAAGACACAGUGGCUAUCGAGACUAAGUCUAUCACAAACCAGUCAGUGAGCACAGGACCCAGCAUAACAAUAGAACCAGGUAAAGAAUCUUGGCUGCAACGUUCUCAAACUACCAUCAGCUUAUCAAGAGCUCUAAACAACAGCGAAAAGAACUCUGAAGAAAUGCAGACUAGCGAAGUCAAAGAGGCUAAGGGUGAUAAGGAAAAGCUAGAGAUGGGAUCUAUAGGUGACUCAAAAGAUUUAUCUACAACUAAAGGCUUGUUUUUCUACCUUGUCCCAUUCCUACGCCAAAAGUUGAUGUUUUCUACCGAAUGGCGAUCCGAAAUGAAUGUAACAUUGACUGCACUAGAGUUACUUGCAGACCUUGCAAAGCUGGAUGCAAGAUUUAUUGAUGUCAACGAAUCAAAGGAAUGCUUGAAAUGGAUCUGCACUUUCAUUGAAUUUCAAGCUAACAAGCCGGCUCCUUUUCACGUUCGAGAUUUGCAUUCCAUAAUCGUAGCUGCUUUUAAUUGCCUGUCUCAGUGGAUUUUGAAUCAUCAUUGGUUGCUUGAAGAUGAGCUGUGUCUUAUGUCAGUGUUGGAAGUUGUAGAACUUGGCAUAUCGGGCACAAAGUCUAAGAUAUCAUCAGCUGAAGGAAAUUUCACUCUGAAAGGUGCGAAAGAGUUGAAGCCGGUCUCACUGAGAGUAAGGGAAGCCGCGGAAUGUGUCCUCUCGUUUAUCAUGGAGAAAACGGGUGCUUUCCCUAAUCCAUCAGGAUCUGCUUCUUUAUCAACCCUUGUUGACGAAGAGGCGUUAGCAGCCAAUGCAUUGAAGCAAGAUGGAAGAAAGUUUGUCUACUACGCUAUUGAUGGCUCAUGCAUUGUUGGAAUCCUUGAAGAUACGGUGGACAGAGCUCUAGGCAACCUGCCCUCUGUGUCGAGUAUAAUUCGCGGACCAACAGGAAAAACGGCCAGUGUCAUGCAGCUACGAUUCUUUGCAAGAUCCAAACAGUCUGUAGCUUUUGCAUAUCGAAACGAACCUGCCCGCCCUGAAGCAAUUGAGUCGCAUGAGCAACCCCCGGUAGCCAAUCAAAGAUGUUAUCCAGAAGCUGUAGAUGGUGUGGGGAAAGUGAACGCAGAGUAUAGCAUACCAAGUAUAGAUGAUAUCUUAGAGGAAAGCCUAAACGAAUUGCAAGACCAGAUGAAAGAGAUAAUGCAUGUUCAGGAGCAGCUAGAAAUGACAACCCUCAGUACAGCUUCUGACGAUUUGGUCAUGUGCAGAGAAGAGAAGCAGCCUACCCCGGAGAUCGACUUCAGGGCGGCAAAGCUGUAUCUGUCUCACUUGGGAAUGCUGAAUUUAAGCGGCAUUGAGAGAAAGUCAAACCGUCCUUUUGCGAGACUUCAGCGUUUAAACUCCGAAGAUGAGACUUUUGAAAAGUCAUUGAGGGCUCUGGACAGAAUGUCUUGUAGAACAUAUGACAAGAUGUACGUAUUCAUGGUGAGAAAGGAUCAAACAGAUUGGGAAGAUAUUGUAAAGAACGAGAUUGGCCCAGACGAUGAACAUUUCGUGGAAUUCAUCAUGUCUUUAGGAUGGCCAGUGACUGUUGGAAGUCAUCCUGGCUGGACUGGUGAUCUCUCAACUAGUUGGUUGUCAAAGCAGCAGCUAAGUGAACUUGACAAUCAAGACAUUGCCGGUGAACAAAUCCUCUAUUAUGCUGAUGUUACAACAGAGUUAGCGAUUUUGGUUCCUGCUUUGAAUGCUCGUCAGGCUGAGUCUCCUGAAUUCAUGACACCGAGGUUGAACAGCGACGAGAAAGAUUCUCCCUCUCCUACCCAAACGACCUUUCAGAGAUCUGAAAGCGUGGAGGUGAUAGACGUGUCAGUUCCAAAUACGAGGCUGUUUAGGCAGCUCUCGGAUCCUUCUGGAGCCAAGAUCUUACGAAAGCAGAAUACGCAAGACGUGAGUACGAGUUACUCAGACUCGAAAAUACGUGGCCAUUCUAGCUCAUCGGAAACGCUAGUUGUGGUUGCUUGGCUGCAAGACUUCAGUGACCAUACCCAUUUCAGAGCUUUGGAUCUGCUUGGGAAUUUGGAGGGCGUGCAGUUUAACCAGAUCUCAAACGCACCAAGCAGAGUUCCAGAGAAAGAAAUCUGUACUAUCUUUGUGCACCCAUUGAAAACGGGACUUUAUAGAAUCAAAUUGAAGACAGAAUAUGGAACAUCCAUUGGUGGCCCUUUAGUCGAUGGUAUGGUAGUAAGCCGAAGAGUCCUUGGAAACUUGAUACGAAGCACUGCAUUAAAUUUCUGUCGAAGAAGACGUUUAGAAAUCGAUAACUACUCGCCUCCGCACACAUGCAGAAAAAUAAAAAUCCAAGACAUCAUCAAAAACUUUACUCAGGAGUCAAACGCACCAGAAUUCUUUGCGUCUGUCUUUCAACAUGACGUAGCAAGCUGAUGGGACAUUCAACCAGCAUCUCAAUAACUGGAUAUUUGAUAGCCUUUUAUAGUUAGCUUUAGUACGCACAAUUAUUACACGAAGAUGGUAUUUUAAUCUGAAUUUUUCGUUAUAAUGAAUUAUGCUGCAGGCAAAGGGACCAGAUAGAUGAGCUGGAGCGUCCGAGCCGGCACAACCGACUAUUUGCCAACGUUAUGUUUAUUCAGAAGAGGUGCGUUAUCCAACGUUCCCCAGAUAUCAACAUAGCCGUGAUCCAUCUCCGCGGGCUUCAUCCUAAUUUGACCGCAUUCUAGACCUUCCACUAUCAAUAGGCUAACUGUACCAUGGAUUUAGCCAUCGAUUAUUACUUGAAGUAUUCAAAUAUUGUUUAAUGGUAGAAUGAGAUAUGAAGAUCUGAUUAGACACAUUUAGCUUGAUCUAUGAAAGGUUCUCUUUGUGAAAGGCGAACUUUAAUUGACUGUGUCAAGAUCAAGGCAUACGUGUAGAGAAUUAUGUUGUUUGGUGGAGAAAGGUUUGGUCAAAAAGAGACGCAUCAAGUAGAAUCUUUUAUCAUUUAUGCCAAGAAGACAGAAUUAUGCGUUAAGAGAUUUCCACCAUAGGAAUGUAGUUUCGUAUCUAUGUCAAUUUUCUUUUCUAGACUGAAUAUAUUAAAGCCAUUCUUUCUA